AUCUCCCUUAGCCGGAAUGCCGGCUAAUUGUGAGCCGUUUCGGAUGUGGCAGGAAAUGUACAAGAUCACCAUAAUUACAUUUCAAAAGCUAACAAACUAACAUAAAAUACAUUUUAAUUAAAUACUGACCAAUUAUUUCCCAAAGCCACAGGGAGCCGCAGCACAGAGGUGAAAGAGCCACAAAUGGCUCGGGAGCCGCAGGUUGCCGACCCCCGGUCUAGUGGCUUAAUAUAGGGGGUGAUAACCCCCUGCCUGGCCAAACUUAAGAAAUCUCAUUUGGGUAGAUGCUGCGUGAUGUGUCCCCUGUUACAAAUCAGUACCACGAAAUAGCAAACAGUACACAAUAUGCAAUUAAACGAUUAAGCUUUAUAACUCAUACUUUGACUAUAUGGUGGGUAGAGAAACAACAUAUAGAAGAAAAAGGGCCCAAAUCUUAUUAAACGGUCUGUGCACAAAGUUGGAGCUCUACUCAUAGGCCAAUCAGUCCCCAUUGACCUCCUUCGGUUCUCGCUAUGCUUCCCCUCUGGGUCUAUCCCGUCUGGCGGUCUACCAAAUCUCUCCAUUCAUGUCUUCUCUCUUCAUCUCUCUCUCUCCCUCUCUGGCAAAAGUCCGCAAAAUCAACUGCUUCCAGAACCACAAGACAGGGCAACAAAAUCCUGAUUGGCUAACAUACAUCUACAUUCCUGUUAUCUCCAGCCCUAACCCAAACAUGGCUGCUACAGAGCAACAGUUGCUUCAGCAGUGAACAUUACAAAAAAAAGCCAUUACAUUAGCAGUGAAACCUUACACAGAGUGGAACUCUCCCCCCACCAAAUUUAGUCAUGUCCUCAUGACGUUGAGAUAACACUUCUUGCAAAACACAAAGCCCAAUCCAGGUGCAAAAGACAGUGACAUAGCUCCCCAAAGCAGUAGAGAUCACACCCUGUUCCCCAGACACCACAUAGGCCAACCUUUCCGGUGGUCUCCUAAUUCUCUGAGACCUCUAUACCUCCUCACCUAACUCUUCAGGCUCAGACGCUACUGAGGAUACUUCGGGUCCACUUGCCGAGUCCUCCUUCGAUCUAUCACUCAUGUCCCUCUGCAACUCAGAGCCCUCUGUCCCGUGUCCAGGCCCCACUUCCUCUCCUUCAGGGUCCUGCUGGAACCCAGGCUGCACACAGAUAACCCCUCAAUUCACCCGACUCAGUGGGGGAAGGGCCAGGAGCCUCUUCCUCAGUCAAUGGGGAGUUAGAGAAAGGCAGCAUGUACCACACAUCCAAAUCAUCCUCCUCCGAAUCAGUAUCCCUUUCAUGGGCGGGGCCCGGCUCAGCCUCUCCUGCUGUGGGCCCUGCAGUCACCCUGCGUUUUUGCAGAGUCCUCUUACUAGGUGUAGGCUCCAAGUCGGGCUCCGGGUCUACCUGCACCUCUUGUCCCGGGGUAACAGGUGGUUCCGAUGGAGAAUCUUGACAGGCCCAUUCCUCUCCUCUGGUUUCACCCGGAAAACUGGUAGGUUUGGCACCUGACUCUCCACCUCAUAGGGUGUGGCUGCUCAGCGGUCAGUCAACUUGUGCUUUCCAGGUAGCCCCAAAUUCCUUAUGAGGACUCGGUCUCCCGGCAGGAGUUGGGAGAACCUCAUUUUCUGAUCAUACCUCCUCUUAUUUCCUCGAUUCUGCUUGGCAGCCACGACCCCAGCCAAUUCAUAAGCCCUUUUCAGCUCUCUCCUCAUAUCAGACACAUAAUUCCGAUAAGGCUUCAGUGGUAAGUCACCCUCAUCAGACCCAAAACAAAGGUGAAUGGGCAACCUUGCCUCGUGCCCAAACAUCAAAUAAUAUGGCGAGUAUCCAGCUGAUUCAUUUCGUGUACAGAUGUAACAGUGAACCAGAUGCCCAAUAUGUUGACUCCACCCACUCUUCUUGCUGAUCUCCAGGGUCCCGAGCAUGUCUAGCAAGGCCCGAUUAAACCUCUCAGGCUGGCGAUCGACCUGCAGGUGUUAGGGUGUGGUCCUCAAUUUCUCAACUCCAAACAUGCCCAGUAACUAAUAGAUGAGUCUGCUCUCGAAGUCCCAUCCCUGGUCACUAUGUAUCCUCCUGGGAAGGCCAUAAUAAACAAAAUACUUCUCUGAUAAUAUUUUGGCUACCGUAAUCGCCCUCUGGUCCUUGGUUGGAAAAGCCUGAGCAUAUCUGCUGUUGUGGUCCGUGAUGACUAAGACAUUCGCCGUGUUGCUGGCAUCAGGUUCUAUGGACAGGAAAUCCAUACACACCAGGUCCACAUCUACAUUCCUGUUAUCUCCAGCCCUAACCCAAACAUUGCUGCUGCAGAGAAACCAUUACUUCAGCAGUCAACAUAAAAAAAAACCCAUUACAUUAGCAGUGAAACCUUACAGUGCAUUACAUAUGUUUUUAAAUUCAAAGGAUUGUAACUAAAUAUGGAUGAUAAGUUGCAAUCGACUGUGCUGGGAACUCAUGGUGGGCUCAACUGUCUGUGUAAAUAUAACUUCUUCAUUCCUUUGUAUAAUGAUAUUCUCUCUGGGAUGUGACCAAACCAUCAGGUUCUUCUUUUAGAUUUUGCUGUUGCAUUCUCAAUCAUUUCUUGUGUCUAGCCAGCCUAUAAAUAUUUUCUAAUAAAGUUACUGUUUAAUGAAAAGGAUCUUCUGCAUAACAUGGGAUGCCUUUGAAUAUUUUAUAUGAUCUCUAAAUGGAUUGUUAAAUGUUAUAUUAAUGAACAUCUCUUUAUCAAGUCUUUUAUAGCUAAUCUCAUUCUAUUCUGUUUCAGUAUAACACUAUUUGCAACAAGCUAGAAGGCCUCACUAUAAGAAAGUGGUUAUGUUCACUUCAUCCUGUCAUCCACUUUACCAAUUUAAAGCUAUCUUAACUUUGAAAAUUAGUGGUAGUAGACUUAGUUGAUAGGAUUUUAAUGCGUUAUUUGAGAAAGAAAUCAUGUUUCUGCAAUGCAUACUGAAGUCGCCAAAGGACCUGCAAAUCAAAAUUGAACCCAUGCUAAAAAAAUCAAAGCAGAUGUUUUAUAAAAGUGACCUUUCUGCUACUUCUCAUUGUUUUUAAUAUGGUUUCUUCUGUGGACACUUUUCCUGUUGCACAAAACAAAUCCAUUAAAAAAAAGACUGUCAAAUUCCCAAUAUGCAGAGAAAAGAAUAAAUAGUUCAAACAAUAAAAGUAAGCAAACAACAGAAGUUUACGAAAGUGAGUCCACAGCCAGGAAGCCAGUCUUCACUGCAGCAGAUCCAGGAGCCUAUUAGUUACAGGCCACAGCCUUAGUUUAGCGCAGAGAAGAGUAAACCUCAUGGAGCAGUGAGCUGAACAUCAGCCUGCCCCUUGCCUUCGGCCCUGACACCCUGACCUUUUCAAACUGGCCCGGCACUUAAAUCGGCCAAGCCUCAGGUCAAUCCCCAUUCUCGGACAUGGGCCCAGGCCCACAGCCUUGAUUCUGCCUCACCUCCAAGUCCACUCCAGCUAUAGCCAAACAUUGGCUAAUUCCCACACUUGAGCCCAGACCCCCUUGUCAUGCCACAUCCAUCCUGCAUCUUCGAGACUUCACUGCAAAAAUGCCAGAUCGUACACACGGUUCAAACAAUCAAAUCCAAAAGGAAAGUUACAGGCAGUGAUUGUAUCCAAGAAAAAGUGUGACUAAUACAGUAACUUGUAGUUUUGUUUGUUUUCUUUUCUACCAGCAAGUCAUCACUACAUGUACCUCCAGUUUCAAAGCAACUUCUGUCCAACUGUUAUUGGACUCCUGAUCUCCCAGUCUACCUCAUAGUGGCCCCUGCAAUUUAUGUGUUUACCUGCACUGCACUUUCUCUGUAGCUCAACACUAUAUUCUGUAUUGUUUUCUUCUUACUAUCUGGAUGGCAUGAUGCGUAAACAAAAAAGUUCACUGCAUGUCAGUACCUGUGACCACAAUAAACCAAUACCAGUGCUGUUGAGUCAGAAUAUUUCAUGGCUAAAUGAAUUCAGUGUUGCAUCUGUAAGACAUUUAUGAUAAAAUUAUAGGUGUAUUUUCCUAGUCUAUUAGCAUAACUUGAAGAUGGCUAAGCUUCAACAGAUGAUUAUGGUUAAAAGAAAUUACCCUGCUCUUCUUGGGCACUGGAAUAAUUAUUGCUCUUUUGAAGCAGGUGGGAACUUGUGACUGUAGAAAUGUGAAAUUGAAAAUGUUUUUGAACACUUCUGUUUAAUUCUUUUCUGUUUCAUUAUAAUCGGAACUGCCUGGUUUAUUUACUAAAUGCUUGUGGAACACAGCAGGCCAGGCAGCAUCUAUAAAGAGAAGCACUGUCGACGUUUCGGGCCGAGACCCUUCGGCAGGACUAACCGAAAGGAGAAAUAGUAAGAGAUUUGAAAGUAGUGGGGCUCCCCCCAUGUGAAGUGCGCAGCUCAGGUCAACACUAAACUGCACAGUAACAGUAAACAGCUCGUUCGCUGUCCUAUUGACGAGACCUCGGUGGUGGUAGUAUCCUCUGUUACUCGUAUAGCAGUCCUGGUCCUGAUAGACCUGUACGUUCUUCAUGAUGGUUGUGGAUCAAAGAGAUUGCGGGAUUGGUGGUGGGAUCCUCAACAAUGUUUUGAGCCCUUCAUAUAUAGCGCUCCGGGUAAAUGUCACAAGGCGGGGGGGGGGGGGGGGGCUGGUGAUCGUCUUGGCAGUUUUGGCAAUCCUCUGUGGGGUCUUUCUGUCCGAUGCUUUGCAGCUUCCGUACCACAUAAAGAUACAGCCGGACAAGACACAGAUGCUGCCUGCCCCGCUAUCAAGAAGAGCUCAGUUUCUAUUUCUGUUUUAUUAACGUUGUCUAUCUAGCAAGUAUUGGGCAAGAAUGAAUUACUUCCUUAACUCUAAGUUCCACCCAAGCAGUGUCUGAACAUUACUCUUUUUCCGCUCCACCAUUGGUAACAGUUUUUAACUGACGUUACUCACUCCCAGAAAGACCCAUUUUACCCUCCAACAGGAUCCUAAAAACCAUCAUUUCGCAAGUGCAGUGAUUGGAUCGACUGGGGUGCAUUUCUGUCCGUUUAAGCUCAUAAAGGAUCUUAACGAGUUGAUAAUAGGGCUCAGUAAAUGCAGACUGCUGUUACCUUUAUAAACAGUUUUGAAUACAGUGUCACGUCUGUACUGCCCUGUGCUCGUUUGAUAGCAAUUACGUGAACCUAGUUCUGACAAAUUUACCCAAGUGAAAGGGAUCAGUUGGAGAAUCUUACAAACUGCACCAACUUUUUGUUUUAGACCUGCUGUUUCAUGAGAAGUGUUGAACUAACUUGGAAUAAACACGCUAAAACUUCAACUGGGAAUCCAGAGAUUUUCUGAAAAGCCUUUCUUUUGGCAAAUGGAUUUCUUGCUAUCUAUUCUUGACGGAGUCAAUUAAACUUCAAAAUUCCUCCCCGAAAGUUCAGAAUGGAUCUGCAUCAGGUGCUGAUGCUUUAAUCGCUCAGUCUCCGGGGACCCAUUUGCUGUCGAGCCGAACUUUUCCUUGUAAGGAGUAGUUUGUGCGGGUUGUCGGUUGCCUUAGGGACUUGAGUCGGCUCCAGUCUUCGCGUCCGGCACCAGGACAGUUCUCUAUAUAAGCCACAACCCUCGCUGCCCUACCACGGGCGAGCAUGGCGAGCAGGAAAACCAAGAAGAAGGAAGGCGGCGCCAAGCGAGCCCAGAGGGCUUCCUCAAACGUCUUCUCCAGUUUUGAGCAGACCCAGAUCCAGGAAUUCAAGGAAGCUUUCACUCUGAUUGACCAGAACAGAGAUGGCUUCAUUGACAAGGAGGAUCUGAAAGACACUUAUGCAUCCUUAGGCAAACUCAAUGUAAAAGAUGACGAACUAGAAUCCAUGCUGCAAGAGGCCACUGGUCCAAUUAACUUCACCAUGUUUUUAAAUCUAUUUGGAGCAAAGUUACAUGGCACUGAUCCAGAAGAGGCGUUGCUAAAUGCAUUCAGAUUAUUUGAUCCAGAAGGCAAAGGACACAUCAACAAAGACGAAAUAAAACGCAUAUUGAUGACACAAGCUGACAAAUUCACAGCUGAGGAGGCUGAACAAAUGUUUCGGUCCUCUCCUAUUGACUCAGCGGGCAAUCUGGAUUAUAAAUCACUCUGCUACAUCAUUACGCAUGGUGAAGAAAAGGAAGACUAAAUGAAAAAUAAAACCCACUUACUCAAAGUCCUCAGGAUUUUGUAUUUAUCAUGUUGCAUCAACUGUGAAUAAAACCACAUUGU